AUGGCGGAGAGCUUUGCAGAUCCUGGCCUCCUGUUGGGUCGAUGGGCUCGUUCCAGUACGUGCUCUGAUGAUUUCAGAGAUUUCCUGCGCAGCUUGGGUGUCGCGGACGAGCGCGCAACGACUGAAGCCCUGGAGCAGCAUGUCCUGAUCUUCACUUCGGCCACCAAGGAUCAGUUGCGAUUGGUUCAGCAGCACAGCUGGAGGGACGGAUUACAGGUCGAGUAUGGGAUGGCACUGAACGGCGAGUUUCAGAGAAGGCCGCCGCAGGUGCCUUGCAUCGGAGGCACAGCUGCAGACGACGAGUCUGAGUGGCGUCAUUUUUGGACCUCCGAAGGCUUCUGCACAGAGCAGACGAUUUCAGUUCGGGGUGAAAGUCUGUUGCUGAGAGUUCGUAGCAGUUUCGUUACUGCAAACGAGCUACGAAUGGACUAUGUUCUCUGCCAGAUGCCCGCUGGGGAGGUGAGAAAGCAGACCUCCCGUUUCUUUGAGCGUUCACCAUUUCUGACGACUUGGAAAGCCGCUGCGUGUCAGUUCUUUUCGGGAACGGAUGUCGAAUUUAACCUGAAGACCUGCAUUUUGUGGAUGGAGAGGGCCAAAGCUGCAGGUGCACGUCUGGUUGUCAUGCCUGAGAACUCGAAUCGCGACAGGACGUACUUCAAAGAUGGCAAGCCCAGCCGGGAACUCUGUUGGGAGCAUUCCGAGACGUUGGAUGGGAGUUUCGUCCACGGCAUUCGCAGGGCUUGCCGCGACAUCGGCAUUUGGGCUUCCUUGGGUGUAGAUCUCCGUGGACGGCAGAAACCAACCGUUCACAUUGGAAUCUUGCUGAUUGCUCCAACUGGGAAGAUCGUUGGGGCUGUAAAGAAGCACGUUCUCUGGGACUACGAGUACACCCUUUUCGAGCCGGGCAGUGAGCCCUAUCAGGUUUUCGACACCGAGCUUGGGCGCCUCGGUGUCCUUUGUUGCGCUGACGGAAUCGUCCCGGAAGCUGCACGUGUGCUUUGUCUCAAGGGUGCCCAGGUGUUGUUGAACUCCCUGAACAGCCGGGGACCUGAUGAAAUGCGGCUGCACAUCCCCCUGCGUGCUAUCGAAAAUGCAGUUUGGCACGUGGCCUCCAACACCGUUGGCAACCCGAACACCGCUGGCCUGCUAUGGCCCUGGACGGGAGGCUCCGAAGUCUGUGAUCCCUCAGGCGUGAGAGUUGUGGCUUCGGAGGAGCAUGACGACAUGGUGGUUGCGGAGGUGAGGCCUUGGCAAUCCGAGCUUAAGGAGACCAGCUGGGUACAGGACCUAUGGGCGUGCCGCCGCCCCGAGCUCUAUGGGCUCAUGUGUGAGCCCUUGGAGUCGGUCCCAGCCGCGGUGAUGUAUGGCCCAGCGCCCGUCGAGGCCGAGGCUCUGCCCUUCGAAGGUCCGGCCUGCCUGAAAGUGGCGAUGAUGCAGCUCAGUGCGACGCACACUCGCCAGUGCACCGAGUGGAUGACCCAGCGGCAGAUCUCCUACGCCGCCCGACGAGGGGCUGUUUUGGGCGUUCUGCCCGCUCUUUGGUGCUUCCGCCGUGACGAGGUCCAGAAGGAUCCUGCCGAAGCUGCCGCCUACUCGAAUCAGAUCCUGAAGAAACUCCAAGGCUGGUGCAAAGACAGCAACUUCAACCUCUGCUGCAGCCUUGUGGAAGAGGAAGCAGGCAGUCGCUUCCACACGGCCUACUUGGUCGGAGCAGAUGGUUCAGUGCUGCUUAAGUAUCGCAAGACUCACUUGAACCGUGUAGAGGGUUCUUGGGCCUCGCAGGGUGACUGCAUCGUCGUGGAGUCUCUGCCAGGCUUGGGACGGGUGGCGGUGCUGAUUGCCGACGAAGUCUGGAGCCCUGAACUUUCGCGGUGCAUCGCGCUACAGGCCGCCGAGGUGGUGUUGCACCCGGCCGACUGGGACAGGGUCGAGGCUGCUGAGAUGGCAGCCACGGAGCGUGCAACCGAGAACCGCUUCCACCUGGUUUCCGUCAAUCGGCUCGACAGUCCGGGACGGAUAGGGUCUCAGACAACACUUGCAGGGGAAUAUAUCGGCGGCGAGCCGAUACCGCUGAUGCGAUAUGGCCAGGGCAUUUGGUGUCGUUUUGGAGUUGAAGAACUUAUUGUUGUGGACUUACUUCGGCGGCAGCCGCACUGCAAGAUGAUGGGGGACCACCUGGAUGUUCUGCGAAAGCGUUGGCCUCAAUUGUGUACUGUGUGCCGCGAGACACAAAGACACCUUCCAUGCUGGCGUGAGAUUACAGACGUUCGUGCGGGCCACUUCCCAGAUGAAGUGCGUCACAGCCUGCAAGAUCUGUGUCUGGACAAGAGUUCGACUCUGAGAUGUCGCUUCGCGGAUGACUUCGGGGACUCGUGA